GUGAGCGUCCAGUAUUGUCAUUCAAAUCAUCUGUUUCGUGAAUUCGUGUAUAUUUUGUAUAUAAAUUUAAUUUAUUUUCAAUCUAUUUAAUAAUGAGCAUUCAUCACUAAUACUGUAAAUUGAGAGUGUGUGAGAAAUAUGUUUGAUUAGGGUUUAUAUUUUAAUUUGUGUGACGUCAUUGUUUCGCUGCCAGUAAUAACGACGCAGUUGCAUUUUUACUUGAAAAUGGACUUAAAAUGAGGAUUAUUCUCAUAAACAAGGCGACAUUAGGACAUAAUGUCAGCGGAGUCGCCGCGUCAUGUGCGCUCUGGCGGGCCCCUUACGGUGCCAUCGCAGCCGCCGAGCGACCGCAGCAUCAUUGAUACCGUCUCCGGGUUCAUCAAUGACGUCACACUCUCUUCUUCAUCGGCUGUCGACCCCAAGGAUGUCAUCCAAUGGGCGAGAUUCGAGACAGCCGACAUAAAUGAACCUACACCGGAAGGGGACGGCGACAAUGACAUAUCUCCCUUGUUGCUUAUCCUGGGCUAUGGGUCUGGGGUCCAAGUGUGGCUGAUCUCGCCCAGCGGCGAGGCCCAGGAGGUGUUAUCAUGGAGACAAGGCACAGUUAGGGUGCUCCGUAUACUGCCUACACCGCAGCACGGCGACUGCUUCGCAUCGAAGAGGCCCCUUAUCGCUUUGUGUGACUCUGCAAGCCCUGGACCAACUUUCUGCUCGCUCAGUUUUAUAUCCAUUAGGGGAGGUGAACAGGUGAAGAGCAUAAAGUUCAAGAAUCCCAUACUCGACGUACUAGCGAAUAAGCGCUCCGUGGUGGUAUCUUUCUCUGAGCGCUUUGCUGUCUUCGACGCGGCGACGUUAGAAGACAGAAUGACAGUCACCACAUGUUACCCUUGCCCAUGCCCCCUUGGCGGGACUGCGCCUAUCAACCCACUGGCGCUUGGAGAACGCUGGCUGGCUUAUGCUGACAAAAAGCUGAACCAGUCAAAAAGGAGCAGUGGAGGAUGUGAAGGUGAAGGCGUAACGAGCUACACCGCGACGGUGCUGCAUGCGGCCAAGUCGCUGAGCAAGGGUCUUCGUGGACUGGGCGAGAGCGUGGCCCACAGCCUGGCCGGCGGGCGCACCGCCUCGCAGUCGCCGUCGCCGCCGCACGCCGACCUGCAGCAGCCCGGCGUCGUCACCAUCCUCGACAUCGAGAGUAACGAAGAAGAUGACGGUCAAGACAUAGAGGAGCAGUACGAUCCGCUCGUGGCGCACUUCAUAGCGCACUCCGAAGCGAUCAUCGCCCUGAAGUUCGACGCGAGCGGCAUGCUGCUGGUGACGGCGGACCGGCGCGGGCACGACUUCCACGUGUUCAGGAUCAACCCGCACCCGUGUGGGCCCAACCUCGCAUCUGUACACCACCUGUAUAUACUGCACAGGGGUGAUACUACGGCUAAAGUGCAGGACAUCGCGAUAUCGUGGGACGCGCGAUGGGCGGCGGUGUCGACGCUGCGCGGCACCACGCACGUGUUCGCGCUGAGCCCGUACGGCGGCGCGGCGGGCGUGCGCACGCACACGCAGCCGCGGCUCGUCAACCGGCUGUCGCGCUUCCACCGCUCCGCCGGCCUGCCCAUACACGCCGCCGCCGCGCGCGCCCACCGCCCGCCGCCGCCCACCACCAGCCCGGUGACGUCAUCGUCACAGGGCUCGUGGUUCCCGAACCCGCGGCUGCCGCCGUACCCGAUGCCCACGUGGGCGGCGCCGCUCGCUCAGUUGCGGCCCACUAAUCUGCCCACGCACACCAUCACCCGCACCAGCUCAGGUCGGCAACGACUGUCGUCUCUAUCUGAGGAUAGCAACACCGCGCCGUUACUGGCGCGCGCUCGCUUUGGUAUGUGCAUAAGCGGCAGCGGUAGCGUAAGCGGGAGCGGACGCACGCCUGCGCCCGUCGCAGCCCUCUACCUUAUGGCCGCUAAUGGAUCUCUUUUGCAUCUUUUGUUGCACCCCCGCGCGGCCUCGAAUAUUCCAAAGGAGAAGAUCUGCGAUGAUUCGCCUAUCGAGCUGGAGGUGGAACCGGUGGCACAAUGGCCGCUACAGCGUCCGACCGCCGCUGCCGACCUUCUGGCGCCUCUGCCGCCUUCCAACCCGCUGCUGCAACCGCAUAUCUACAGGAGAUGUGCUGAUAUAUGCAUGAGCGAAGAAGAACGAUGGUUGUCGCAAGUGGAGAUCGUCACCCAUGCCGGCCCUCACCGGCGAUUAUGGAUGGGGCCACAGUUCGUUUUCAAAACUUACAGCUGCACUGGGUCAAACUCAUCGCUAUCAGAGGCGGAGACUGUAGAGGUGGAGACUAGUGCUGCGAGUGUGGCUAGAUCCAAUCCUGUCAACAUGCCCGGUGUACGGCCGCUCGUGCCGGUUCUUGUCGACUCCGGGUCAGCCAGUUCACUAGAACAGUCGCCCCUAGAGGGCGCCCGCCGCAAGUCGCUGGUGAGCGAGAGCCGCAGCGGCGCCGGCAGCGCGGGCGCGCCCACCGGCGUCUGCGACGUGCAGCUGCGCGAGGACCUGGCUGAAGCCAUGAAGGAAGACCAAGGGUGGCCGCGCGAGCGCAGCCCGGGCGGGGUCGGCGCGGGCGCGCGGGCGGCGCUGGUGGCGCGCGCGGUGGGCCCGCAGGGCUGCGUGGUGGCGUCGCCGCCCGCCGCGCCGCCGCCGCCGCUCGACGCCGACCUGUACACGCGCGCCAACCGCGACGAGGCCACCUUCCGGCCCGUGGUGCGCGCGCCGGCCGCGCUGCCGCCGCAGCCGCACGUGCUGGCGCGCCCGCUGCCGCGCACCACCACCAUCCCCGUGCAGCCGCUGCCGGCGGACGGCGCCGCGCUGGCCGCCGCCGCGCCGCAGCCGCUCUCCACCGACGUCGUCAUCCCGGCGGCCCUCUCCGCCGCCGCCGACGCGCCGACGGCGUGGGCGCGCGUCGAGCCCGAAAGACGCGACCGGGAGCUCGAGCUCCAGCGAUCACUGCCAAAUUCGAGCCGCACGUCGGCUGAUAUUCAGUCGGCAGCUCGACUUAGUGUUAGUAAAUCUCCCACCUGUGAGACGUGUAGCGUCGAUGAAGUUAGUUUUAAGCUAUCGGGGCCUAUAGAUGACGAGAAGUUUGAGCCCGAUGAAAUUAGUCAGCGUAGUGUAUCUAGGGAAGUCAGAGACAGUAGCGAAAACAGAGAAUUUAGGGAAUCUAUAGAUUUUAAUAAAACGAAGGAAACCAGGAAAUCCAGGAAAGUUAGUGGAUCUAGGGACACCAGAGAGUCCAGCGUACCGAUAGUUAAGGAAACGAAAGAACUUAGGAAAAAUAAAAAAUCCAAUGAAUCCAUUAAUGACAGACAUCAUUUCGAUAAUAAAGAAUUCAGAGAAACCAUGGAAUUAAAAAACAAAACUAAGAAUAAUAAUGAUCCUUGGGAAAUUCAGGUGCCCAGUAUGCCUAACGAAUAUAACACACCGACAAACAUUAAAGAACCAUACGUGACGAAGGAAAUAAAAGAAACUAGCGUGCCAAAAGAAGUGAAGGAAUGUAGCACAUUUAGAGAUGGAGCAGAUUCUAGAAAACAUAAGGAUUCUGUUUCAAGGAGGGAAAUUAAAGAAACUAGUAUACCGAGAGAUAUUAAAGAAUCUAAGAGUCUAAAGGAAUACAAGGAGCCUAGCGUACAAAGAGAAAUUAAAGAGCCAACUAAACAUAGAGAUAUUAAAGGAAUAUCAGAAAAUAAAGAAGUUAAGAGUAAAGAAUAUAAAACAAAGUCGUUUGCAAAUUUACACCAAGAAGCUAGUGAAUCCAGUAAACAUGACUAUGAUAAAAAAGAUUCGCUCUCUAAGGAAAAUCAAUUCGAUCCUACUUUAGUAAAGCCUUCUAAAAAGGGGACUCCUCAAGUUAAAUCCAGGGAUUGGAAAGAACAUGAUAUUAAAACAGAGGAACAAGCAUGGGAUAUGCUUCUUAGUGAUGUUCAGAAACCUGGAAUUAUAAAUAUUAGUCAGCAAACUGUAGAUAGUGAUAAGAGUUCUGAGGAAUCAAAACCCAAGUCUAAGAGAAAUCGCAAAGUUAAAAAAGCUCAUGAUGAUCUCGAAAUAAAAGUAGAAGAGGACAGUUUUGUGGAAAUACAUGCUAUUGAAGAUAAACAGCAAUCUUCUAGUGGUGAACUAGUUUCAAUUUCAACUCCUUAUGAAAAUGUAAACUCAUCCAGUUUUUAUCUUCCUAAGCCUAGAAAAUCUCGUAUUUCCAAAAGUAUGACCCCAGAAAGAAAGGAAGUAACCGAAAAUGUAAAUGAAGUAGGAAAAGAGGAAUACCUAAUAGCAAUUGAUAAAUGUGAUAGUCAGAUUAAAGAGAAUGAUUCUCUGUCUGAACUAGGAAACUUAUGUGAUUUCAGUUCGAUUGUGAAAGUUAAAGAAACACCGAGAGAUAAGUUGAAAUCGGAUGCAAAGGAUGAAUUAACCCUUGAACGUACCUCUUUUACUAACAAAGAAUCAGCGAAGUCGAAGAAAAGCAAAUCUCUUUCACCAUAUACUGAAACACAUAAAUCAGCAGAGCGGAUCUCAGAUACGGAAACUAAAGAUGUUUACGUUAUAGACUCUACUAAGGAAGAUUUUCCAGAAAUUCAAAUAACAAGAGGUAAACCACGAAAGAAGUCCCCACAACCUGUAGAUAAAAGAAGUUUUGAAUGUGAGAUACCUGUUAAGUCUUGGAGUUCCAUAGCCGCAUCCAAAGGUACUAAGAAAGUCGAAGAAACGGAGAAAAAACUGGAAGUAACUCAUGAGAAGAAAUUGGAAGUAGAAAAAAUCCAAGUGGUCAGUCUGAGAGAUGAGCUUAGAGAUGCAGCGUGUUUUUUAGAUGACAAUAUAGAGUCUUCCAAAGAUGUAUCAUUGCAAGAGAAACUGUAUGAAUUGUGCAAGAGAACAGAUAUUUUGGUAGCAGAAUGCGACGCACCCUCUGAGCUUAACUUUGUUGAAGAACAUCAUGCAGUAUUACAGGACUUUCCGCCGUUAGAGCCCUUGGAUUUUGCAUUAGAUGACUUUAAGUUGGAAGUGAUGCAAGAUAGUCUUUUAGACGUCCACGACAAUUCAAUCACUAGUCCGAUUUGUAAAAUCAAUAUAGAUGAUAUACUGUCAUCAAUAAAGGAAACCACAUCAAAAGUAAUCGAAUCAAGUACUUUCAAUUUGAUUGAUUUAGAAAAGGUUCCCGCCAAGCGAGAGAAGGGUUUUAGCGUGAUCGAGAGUCAUAAGAUAACAUCACAAGAAGUGGUAAUAGAUGAUGAACCAAAGUCGGAUGACAAAGAUACAGAAAUAAUGGAAAAGUCAUCAGACGAUGACGCUACAUCGCCAGUGGUGUCGACUGACAGUGACAAGGAUGACAAGAAGGGUGUGGGUACGUCUAAAAUUGUUCUGCCUUCUUCAAAGCAAUCUAAAUCUAAGAAGUCGCGUAGGAAGAAAAAGUAAUAUCAGAUGAUGUGUUCAUAUACUUACUUAAUACUUUUCAUUGCAAUGUAACCAUUAAAUGAUUCGUAAGGUAACAAAAUAUUUGCUGCUAUUGUAGUUGUGUUAGUUUUAAGUGAGGCAAUUUAAAAUUGAUAUGCACAGGUAAAAUAUUAUAAAAAAUAAUAUAAAAUGAAAUAGUGCCACUCGAGCCUAAUACAUUAUUACACACGAUCUUAAUAUAAAAUUUCUGUCAUAUCGAAAAAAAUAAUAUAAAAAUGUAAAAAAUUAGCAAAAUAACAAAAACAAAUUGUUAUUAGAAUUUUUAUGAAGAUAAGUAGCAGAAUUUAAUAAUAUUUUACUUAUUAGUUACAUGAACAAUAUAAUAUUUAUGGCUUUGAUAUACUUUAUUUUUUUAUUAUUUAAAAAUGAUCAGAUUAAUAAUAAUAUUAAUAUAAAUGUAAUAAAAUGAGCGUGUAGUAUCGCAAUGUAAUUAUUAGUUACAAUUUAAUUAUAAAAUAUCUCUUAACAUCAAAUUAGUGUACUCAGAAGAAAAAUAUGUUUUAGUUUAAGUUAGUCAAUAUAAUGACAGGUAGAUGUAUUAAGUACAUAAAAAAUUCUUCAUAAAAAUUCUAACCAUAUGAUGUGUAACUGACCCUUUAGUAGUAUUUUGGUUCAUUUAUUCACGCCACGACCUGUACUUGUUGUAUAAACACGUUCUUAGUAAAAAAUGCAACUAAUUAAUGGGAUCUCGAUACAAAUGCUGACAGAAAAUUAAUAUAGUCUGUUGGUGUCACAUUAUACACGAAUCUGCUGGAGUUAGGUAGGUUACUUAGAUUUAAUAUCCACUAGAGCAGUGGUUUUCAAACUGUGCCGCGACACAUGUGCUCACUAAUCAAUUCUCAGGACACCGCGAUCAUAAAAAAGUGCCUACUACAUUAACUGCGAUACGUUUUCAAUCACUGACGAAGAUAGUAAUUUUUGCCUUGGAUCUAGGGGAUCUAAAGUGGGAUCGCGUAAAUGAAAUAGUUUGAAAGCCACUGGAGUUAUAUUUGAGCUAUUGAACAAGUUUCUUCGUUCUUACAAAUCCAAACAUACAUCAUACAAGCUCUGUGGACGGCUUUUUCUCUGUAUUAAAGUGGAUAAUAUAUUAUAUAAUGAUAUUAUUCACAGCCAAUAAAAUUGUAAACACGUACUUAUCGUUCUAACACAUAGUGCGUAAUUGAAAUCUUCUUAAUUGUAUGCGACAGAUUAAAUGUUAAGUUAAUUAUGUUUUAUGGCCAGUGUUUUAGUGUGCAGUACCAUGCAAUGUAUAUAUGUAGUAUUUUAUUUUAUACCAUAUUACCUUGUAACAUGUAAUUUUAUUGAUUGAAGCUUUAGGUAUUUCAAAGACAACUUUCUACGCAUGUAUUUAUUAACCUGUAAUUUAAUUAACACAUGUAAACAAAUUUAAACCAUAAACCAAUAAAUAAAUGCUCUCUUUUUGACUAACAUAAGUUGUUAUUGGAAUACUAAACCUUAUCAUGAGCCUUGCACAUAUUUCUUUUAAACAUUAUUAAUGUGCUUCAUAAUAAUUAAAAAGAAUGUCAGAGAUUUAAAAUAAUAUAAUUAAUAUAGAAUUUGAUGUCUUAUUUCAAGCUUUCUAUUGCAUCAUAUUAAAUAUUAUCAAAUAGACUCAUGAGAUUUAUGGACAAAAUUGUUAUUAUGUAAUAUAAUUGCUGAUAAUUCUUAUAGAAACAAAUUAAAAUUUUCGAUUUUGCUAUGCAUGAACUAUAAAACAGUUGCAAUUGCGAGCUAUAUAACUCGGAUUGUCACUGCAACUGAUGAUUCAUAUUUAUUCGCUUUGUCAUAGAUUUUAACCUGUUAAAAUAAAAAUUCAGUCAAUCAAUCAAUUGUUGGCAUGAAAUUGAGCCCUAGAUCAAUUGUAUUUUUUUUUUUAUUAAAUCUUAGACUGAUCAAGUAUUGCUGUCGACUUUCUUUAAUAUUCAUAAAGUAAUUAAGAUAUUGUUUUUGCAUAAAUCACAUGAGUUAAUGAGAUAUUGUGACACAGAAUAGACAGUGGUCCUUCUCUAUCAGUGAAAUGAAGUCUAGGUCUGUAACAAAAUUUGCUCUGUUUGAUUUUGGGCAUACCUUGGUCUAUUCUCUAUAUACAUUUAGUUACUUUAUUCAGACUGUAAAUAAAUAUUAUACACAAGCAUCAAAUAUAAGACUCACAACAUAUCUAUUAUAUAGAAUAUUAGAAAAAAAAACCAUGAAAACUUUUUAUUGUAGUACAGUUAAAUGUUUAUAAGAAAUAGUUUUUACCGUUAACAUGUUAACGAUAUCUGUAUUUCUUUCUCUGUGUCUAUUUCUUCAACAUUUCCGUUCCAUUUCUGUAUGUGGCUCACUACUGAUUCCAGGUAUUGUCCUGGGAAAGUAUGUAGAGCCACAUAUGUAUAGAUAGAUACAUUAUAUUACCUCAGUAUUACGUCGCUCGAUGCAUAUUGUAAUGUUUGUAUGACAUAGUCGCAUGGUAUAUAAUACCUUUAUUCGACCACGGCUGUCUUAUGUACAAAAUAUUUCGUUAUUAUUAUACUGUCAAGUAUUAAUCAUAAUUUAAUAGGAAAAUUGUUUUAGUCCUAAUAUGUUGAAUCAUGACAAGAUAUUUAUUUUUUCUACGUGAUAUGUAAGUGGAAGUUGUUUUAUUUUGUAACAAUUAAUAAUGUAUUCAUGUUUGGUGCACAAUGUUUGUAAUAAUUUUGUUAGUCUGGAUACCAAGAUCAAAUUAAAUAUAUCACCGUUUAUAGAUCUUGCUUGUUUUACUUUAAAAAAAUAAUGAAAUAUUAAUAUCACUAAAUGUUUUUAAAAAGUACGAUGGUAUCAUGACUUCUCAUUACAAUUAAAUAGAGAGAAGAAAAUGUAUUUUAAAUGAUAAAAUCUGGCUGCUAAUAAACCAAUUUAUUAUUGUAGUUGAAUUUACAGAUUUAAUUUGUAUUCUUAUGUGUAUAGCUUUAUAAUAAUAUUGUUUAUUUAAUAGAUUCGAGUCUAAUUAACCAUGAACAUUUAAUGAUUAAUACGAGAAAUUGUUUUUAAUAGUUUAGAUUACAAAAAGUUUGAAUCAAUCUCACGUUAUUAAAUUAUAAUCCACAAGGCAACUGAAGAAAAAAAAAUACAACAAACAACAGAAUUAACGCAAUCCCUUGAAGUAGUUGUAUAUUUAAACUUAAUUACUAAGUCCAUAUAAGUUGUUUUUGUAGGCUUAGUUGUUUGGAAAAAUUGUAUGAAAAAUUAAUUUCAAAAUUUUCCAUAUAAAACAGAAAAAUAAUAUACUUUAGACAAUUACGAUUUUUUGGUUAAAAAAAUGGUUAUAUUUUUUUGUUUAAUUAUAUUUGUUCAAUAAGUUUAAAACAAAAUUUUUAAUUGCGUUAAAUCUGUUAUACGGCUGUAGUUGUAAUUGAGUUAUAAUAUUUCUAAGUUAACGGGAAAUUUAUUUGUGUGGCAACUAGUAUCAAAUGUAAACACAUGUGUGCUAUAUUUAUUUUAUUUGAUGAAUAGUUAGAUAAAUAAUUGAAUGUACAUGUAAAUUAUUUUUAAAAUGUUUCCAUGUGGUACAGUAGGAAGUAUAUAAGCGGGAAAUUUCUUUAUAUGCUCAAUCCGUUAGACAUUUUAAUGUUUCCUUGCCCCCGCUUACGAGAGAUAUGUAUGUAGAUAGAAUAUCAAAAGACACGAUUAUUAGGCAGCUGUAUUCCAUUUAAUCUCAGUGUUAUAAGUCAGGACUGUAACUGAUUUUAUAUUAGGACAACACGUAAUAAUAUAUAUUUGUAUCUCAUCAAGUUGAUAUAAAUGUAUGUUUCUUGAAACAACUUACAUUCAAGACGUCAAGUUUGCAAAAGGCACUUGAGGUGGUAGGAGAGAGAGAAUUGUGCUGAUUGCACUAAAAUGGCCGCUUUUUUUAACGGUACAUAUUGCAAAUAUUUAUUUGAUUUGAUUUAAUUGACAUAGAAGAUCGACAAUUAUAGGAACUGUAAAUAUGAAUAAUUUAUUAUAGAUCGAUCAUUCCGGUUGAUGAAAUGGAUAAGUGUAUCUACCUCCUGUGGAGUUGAGACUAUUGGACACAGUAAAAUGUUAA